CGCCUCGCCUCGCUCCGGCCGCGGCCCCUUCCUCCCGCAGCUGGUGCCGUGGGGCCGCGGAACCACACAUCGCCCGUCUCUAUGGCCCCGGAUCCCAGCGCAAAGAAAACAGAGAGAGAACUGAAACUCCCCCCCACACCCUUGUUUGGGGGCAAGGUGACCCCUUCAGUAGCCUACAACCCUGCUGGGACCCUCCGAGGCCCCGCUCUCCAUGGAAUUUGCGUUUGAGGCAGAAAGGCACGUGACCCAUCCCUCCCUCUGACUUCUGAGCUGUGAUUCCAUGGCCACACAACCUUGUGGCUCCAUGUCCCCCCCAUUUCAGGAUCCUCCAUGGCCCUAUGACUACUUGAUCCCCAUGGCCUCCUGACCCCUGACCUUCCAUGUGAUCACUACCCGGACUUUGACCCCAGAGAUUGCUCUUCCCCUCCCAUCUUGUGACUCUGGCCCUGGCUGCCUUUGGGGUCUUGUGGCUCUGAACUUCCCCAGGAAGAUGUGGGGGAGGCUUUGGCCCCUCCUCUUCAGUUUCCUCACAGUAACAGCUGUCCCUGGACCCUCGCUGCGGAGACCCCCCCGAGAGCUAGAUGCCACCCCACGGAUGACCAUCUCCUAUGAAGAACUCUCCCGGAUCCGGCACUUCAGGGGCCAAGCCCAGAACUAUUCAACCCUCCUGCUGGAGGAGGCUUCAGAACGGCUGCUGGUGGGAGCUCGGGGCGCCCUGUUCUCUCUCAGCGCCCGUGACAUAGGAGAUGGUGCUCACAAAGAGAUCCACUGGGAGGCCUCCCCAGAGAUGCAAAGCAAGUGUCGGCAGAAAGGGAAAAACAACCAGACAGAGUGUUUCAACCAUGUACGAUUCCUACAGCGGCUCAAUGCCACCCACUUCUAUGCAUGUGGGACCCACGCCUUCCAGCCCCUCUGUGCAGCCAUUGAUGCUGAAGCCUUCAUCUUGCCUACUAACUUCGAGGAGGGAAAGGAGAAAUGUCCUUAUGACCCAGCCCGUGGCUUCACAGGCCUUAUCAUUGAUGGAGGCCUCUACACAGCGACACGGUAUGAAUUUCGGAGUAUUCCUGACAUCCGCCGGAGCCGCCACCCACACUCUCUGAGAACUGAGGAGGCACCGAUGCACUGGCUCAAUGAUGCUGAGUUUGUAUUCUCUGUGCUGGUGCGGGAAAGCAAGGCCAGUGCCGUGGGUGACGAUGACAAGAUUUACUACUUCUUCAUGGAGCGUGAAGAAGGCUCCAGCAGCUUCACUCAGAGUCGCAGUAGCCACCGCGUGGCUAGAGUAGCCCGUGUGUGCAAGGGAGAUCUGGGAGGAAAGAAAAUCCUACAGAAGAAGUGGACAUCCUUCCUGAAGGCUCGUCUCAUCUGCCACAUCCCACAGUACGAGACACUACGCGGCGUCUGCAGCCUGGAUGCUGAUAUGUCGGUCCACACGCACUUCUAUGCAGUCUUCACGCUGACAACACAGUGGAAGACCCUGGAGGCCUCAGCCAUCUGCCGCUAUGACCUGGCUGAGAUGCAGGCUGUGUUCACAGGCCCCUUCAUGGAGUACCAGGAUGGUGCCCGGCGCUGGGGCCGCUAUGAGGGUGGGGUGCCCGAACCCCGGCCUGGCUCGUGCAUCACAGAUUCCUUGCGCAGACGAGGCUACAACUCGUCCCAAGACUUGCCAUCCCUGGUCCUGGACUUUGUGAAGCUGCACCCACUGAUGGCUCGGCCUGUGGUGCCCACACGCGGGCGGCCCCUGCUGCUGAAGCGCAAUGUGCGCUACACACAGCUCACCGGAACCCACGUCAGCACACCUGCUGGACCCACCUAUGACCUGCUCUUUCUGGGCACAGCUGAUGGCUGGAUCCACAAGGCCGUGGUCCUGGGCUCUGGAAUGCACAUUAUCGAAGAGACACAAGUGUUCAGGGAGCCCCAGUCUGUGGACAGUCUAGUCAUCUCUCCCCUGCAGCACAGCCUCUAUGUGGGGGCUGCUAGUGGAGUCAUUCAGUUUCCUCUGUCCAGCUGUUCACGCUACCGUUCCUGCUAUGACUGUAUCCUGGCACGGGACCCCUACUGUGGCUGGGACUCCAGCACCCAUGCCUGCAUGGUGGCCACCACCGUCGCCAACAGGACAGCAUUGAUACAGGACAUAGAGAGAGGAAAUCGAGGCUGUGAGGGCAGCAGGGAUACAGGGCCACCACCACCACUGAAGACCCGCUCUGUGCUCCGGGGUGAUGACGUCCUCCUGCCCUGUGACCAGCCAUCGAACCUGGCCCGAGCUUUGUGGCUACUCAAUGGGAGCAAGAGCCUGAGUGAUGGCCAGGAUGGCUACCGCGUGGGAGUGGAUGGGCUGCUGGUAACAGACACACAGCUGGAGCACAGUGGUAACUAUGGCUGCUAUGCUGAGGAGAAUGGGCUCCGGAUGCUGCUGGCUUCCUACAGCCUCACAGUGCGGCCGGCCACCCCUGCCCCAGCUCCCCAAGCCCCUGCCAUGCCUGGAGCACAGCUGGCACAUGACAUGAGGUUGUUCUAUGUGGUAGCCAUCGCUAUACUUGGUGGCCUCUGCCUCAUCCUGGCAUCGUCCCUCCUCUAUGUGGCAUGUCUGAGGGGAGGCAGAAGAGGUCGCAGGCGAAAGUACUCACUGGGUAGGGCUGGCCGGGCAGGGGGCUCAGCUGUGCAGCUGCAGACAGUCUCGGGCCAGUGUCCUGGAGAAGAAGACGAGGGUGACGAUGAGGAGGGGGCCGGGGGCCUGGAGAGUAGCUGCCUCCAGAUCAUCCCUGGGGAAGGAGCCCCAGCCCCACCCCCUCCACCGCCACCCCCACCCCCGGCUGAGCUGACCAAUGGAUUGGUGGCACUGCCCAGCCGGCUUCGAAGGAUGAAUGGCAGUAGUUAUGUGCUCCUGAGGCAGAGCAACAACGGAGUGCCAGCCGGACCCUGCUCCUUCGCGGAGGAGCUCAGCCGCAUCCUGGAAAAGAGGAAACACACACAGCUGGUAGAGCAGCUGGAUGAGAGCUCUGUCUGAGCCUAGCCUCCCAAACAAAUGCUCUUCCAAGCCUGGCUGCCCCAGGCUGGGCCUCUGCUCCCCAACACAGCCACCCUCCUUCACGCCCCCAACUCCAUUCCCCUCUCCCAACUUUGAUGUCUCUGUAGGGCUGGCCAGAAUCAUGGUUAGCCAAAGCCCCCUCUUCAGUCUCCAAGGCACACAUGUGAGCAGCCCAGGCCCACCGGUGCUCCUCCAAGGUAGGGCUCUGCAGGUCCAGAUGGCCUCAAUGCUGCCACCCUCUGCACAGCUCUGUGUGCUGGGUAGUCCUGAAUUCAGACAAGACCUCUCUCUCUGCCAGCCAUCCGAGGCCUGCUGACAUUCCCAUGUGCACAUGAAGAAUGUUUUAUCAGCUGGGCUGCAGUGUCCCUCCUCCUGGUAUCAUCCCGCCUAGAUUCGGGGGCACCCUCCCAAUUAUCACCUUCCUAUCUCUAGUCCUAUUUCCAGUCCCAGUCCCGUGUGGUAAUCCUUUGGCACGAGUCUGGGAAUAGGCCAGCCUGGGAGGUAAGAGCCAUCACUCCCUCUUCUCCCUUCCUGCGGAGCCCUUGUGAGUCCGCCUCCCUGCUCCUCUCGUUCACACGCAGGAGUGCCAGCACUCCAGGCCUGUCCUCUUCCCGUGCGUAUGUGCUAACACACCCGUAUCAUCUGCUUCCAUGUCCACCCGCAUACACAUUCAGAGCCUCCCCUUGCUGCCUCAGUCAGGCUGUGUCUACUAGGUUUGGUCCGCGGAUAUUUCAAAGGGAGAUUUCCCCUCCCAUUUAGCUGUCCUUACAGAACUAGGACAAGUGACCAAUACUGCACUCAAUGAGCCAGCCUCCCUCUUAGGGACCAAGCAACUGCUUCUCCUAGACCACAACAGGGGGAAGUGACUUGAUAUCUCACCUGGCACAUGAAGCCCGUUCUUGGAACUAUGCAAAGGGCAGAGGCUGGGAGUUUGGAUGCUUGGCUCCCAUUCCUGUCCUACCUCACCAGGGCGCUUUCAAGGUCCAAUGGUCUCAGAUGUUUCCAGGCCCAUAUGGGACAAUCAACCCUGACUGAGCUCUCCCAUUCCCCUUGGGUGAGGAUGACUGUUAUUUUUGUAGCUGAGAACGUGGAACCCCACGAGUUUUUACUGCCCUUCACCCAUACCUCUCCCACCUCCACCCCACAAUGAAUGUAUUUAUUGUGAGAAUGGCUGUACUUUUCAGGAAUGCCCCCCACUCACCACCCAGGUGGGUGCAAGAGGCAUGUGAUGGAUCGGGGAGCCUGGGCUCUGCUCCUCAUGUUGGUUAAUAAAAGCCCUCUUUCCCCACA